UCUUGGUGCGAGUGAAUAGUAAACAUUGUCAUAGAAUUAACUGUUCAACCACCGAGAACCCAGUAGUUUUAUGAUGGCGGCCUCCAAAAUGGUUGCUUAUCAUCCACUUUACUUGAGCCUCCUGCUUCAACAAAUCAGAUUUUCUGUGAAUAAUUAUCCGAAAACUAGAAAAAGGUAGGAGCAGAAUAACAUGUUUUUGCUAAGACCAAUCAACUGGGCAUCUAUACUCUUCCUCUGCCUUGCGCUAUGGUUAUAUAACAGAUAUCCUACUCUCAAAGAUUCAGGAGCAGAUUCCCCAAAAUCAGUUUACGACUUCACUGUUAAGGAUAUUCAUGGGAAUGAUGUUCCUUUAAGUAACUACCAGGGGAAGGUUCUUCUGAUUGUGAAUGUAGCUUCGAAAUGUGGUUUAACACAGUCAAAUUACAAGGAGUUGAAUAUUUUGUAUGAGAGAUAUAGAGAUCGAGGCUUUGAAAUACUCGCAUUUCCUUGCAAUCAGUUUGCUUUUCAAGAGCCGGGAACUAAUGAGGAAAUCGAGGAAACUGUAUGUACUAGAUUUAAAGCUGAGUUCCCGAUCUUUGACAAGAUUGAGGUCAAUGGAAAGAACACGACGCCCCUUUACAAGUUCUUGAAGUCGGAAAAGGGUGGUUUGUUCGUCAAAGCUAUCAAGUGGAAUUUUACGAAGUUUUUGGUGAACAAAGAAGGAAAAGUUGUGGAGAGAUAUGCUCCAGCUACAUCACCACUUGCAAUGGAGAAAGACAUACAAAAUAUUUUGCCAAAAUGAGCAUGUGCAGGUCCUCAUUCCCUUUAUAUGUAUCAAUAUUAAAGUACAUUGUUGAACACUAGAAAUGGGAUGCAAUAUUCAUCUUCCUCGAUCUAUUUGGUAUAACAGAAUGCAAGGCAUAUUUAUCGUCCUUACGUUCAUCUUCCUCCUUCAAUUUGUACCCUUUUAUUAUA